CUGCUCCGGCGGUGUUGGCCCGGCCGCGCCGCCCGCCAGCCAUGAAGGAACGCUGGCGGGCCGGUGCCGUGGGGGCCAUGGCCGACGGCAACGCGGACUGGAUGGGCUCGCUGCCGCCCGCACUGCGCUCCCUGCCGCUCUCCAACCUCGCCAUCCCGGGAUCACAUGAUUCUUUCAGCUACUGGGUUGAUGAGAAAUCUCCAGUGGGACCAGACCAAGCAACAGCCAUCAAACGUUUGGCCAGAAUUUCCUUGGUUAGAAAGAUCAUGAAGAAAUGGUCAGUGACUCAAAAUUUGACUUUCAAAGAGCAGUUGGAAGGCGGAAUCCGCUACUUUGAUCUUCGUGUAUCUUCCAAACCUGGGGAAAUAGGACAAGAGAUUUACUUCAUACAUGGCUUGUAUGGCAUCAAAGUAUGGGAUGGGCUGGAGGAGAUGAAUCGUUUUCUUGAGCAGCACCCCAAGGAAGUAAUCUUCUUGGAUUUCAAUCAUUUCUAUGCCAUGGAUGACAGCCAUCACCACUUCUUGAUCAACAGGAUCCGCUCAGCAUUUGAAUCCAAACUUUGUUGUGUUGAAUGUGUAGAAUAUGUGACAUUACUCUACAUGUGGGAGAAGAAACACCAGGUUCUCAUAUUUUACCACCACCCUUUGUAUCAGGAAUAUCCCUUCCUGUGGCCAGGUAAUAAAAUGCCAGCACCAUGGGCUAAUACAACUAAUGUGCACAAACUGCUUCAGUUCCUGGAGACCACUCUUGGGGAACGAAGUCGUUAUGGGACUUUCCAUGUAUCUCAAGCAAUUCUCACACCUCAAGUGAAAACGAUUGCACGGCAUCUGAUUCGUGGUCUGAAGAACACACUUGUUCAUAGGAACCUGCCCAUGAUUUUGAAUUGGGUGAAAGCACAGAAGCCUGGUGUUAUGGGUGUUAACAUAAUUACAUCAGACUUUGUGGAGCUGGUUGAUUUUGCUGCUACAGUUAUUGCACUGAAUGACCUUCUUUUGGAAGAGAUUGAAUCUGCAACUUAAAUCCGGAUUGCUGUGUUCCACAUGUGCUCCUCAGUGGACAUCUUUGAACUAUGCUUAAUGUUUUACUUGUCAAGUGAAACCUAUUGUAAUCUCUCUUUAUGAAAAAAAGUUUCCUAGAGGGAACGUGGUUAAACAUCACGUACAGCCAGGUCCCUUCUGCUGGAGUCGUGUGGACCUGAGUGAGCCGAGUGCUGUGUGCGUGCUGCUGUGUCUGUCUGUCUGUGUCUGUGUGUGCGUACUGUGUUUGGCUGAGCUGUGCACACAUCUGCUGCUGGCAGGGCCUGGCCUCUGGAGCAGAUGUACCCCAUUGUGGAAUCCAUCUCCUUGGUGACCGUACUCGCAGCGCCCCUGUGUGUGCAUCCUGCCUGCUUCCCAUGGCCAGGGCUCACUCCAGGGAUCACUGCUGAUCCCAUGACACUGUGACUAGGCUGGCCAGGUGGCAUUGUUCUUGGGCCACCUCUGGCAUAACUGGGCUCAGCUGGAGGCUGCUGCUCUGCUCAUUAUGCUGUUUUAAACACUACCUCUGACUUACUUGAAGAGACAAUACUGCUGUUGUUCAGGAGGAAGGUGUUAACACUGUGUUAAAAUAUCCAAACUGUCCUUUGGGCCUGAGAGGUGAAGGCUUGACACAAUCUUUCUUCUCGACCUCUUUAUUUUACUUUAUUACUUCAAUAAAUUAGUUACAACUGUGCUUAAGUAUAUUUCUUUUGGCAUUAAUUUGGAGAAUAUUUCAGUCUUCAGAUUUUGAGGAUUAUGACUCAAGUCUGAAUUCCUGUUUCCUGUGACAUAUAGGAAACAUUCAUUUUGCUGAAUUCCUGGGACAUUUAGGAAACUACAGCAUAACCUUUCUCUUUUACCUAUUGGUCACUUGGGGUUUUUUAAUCCAUCAAAUUUCCUUUGGGGAAAGUCUGUCACCCAGGCAGCCCUUCUCUGGAAGAAGGUGGGCCACGUAGGGACUUGCUUGAUAUUCAGAGAACUGGAGCUGACCUGGACUGCUCAAAGCCCAAAUAUUGGAUCACUGUGAUUUGUGGCUCUCUCUUUUAGAUAGAGAGCCACACCUAUUAAGGGAGAAAUUUCUCCAGUCUUCACCUGCUUGUGACAAAGCAAUAAUCACACAAGCACAGGCAGGUGUUAGUACUGCUCCUUUCUUUAGUCACACUUUUGUGUUGGUUCACAAUGAUAUGUGACCAUGUACGCUUGGGCCAAUGCAAUCGUAUGUUGGUACUUAUCAGCACUUUAUUUACUAGCUGGUAGUAACCUAUGGUCUGAUUUAUCGUCAUUGCUUUUUUAAAAAGCACAAAAGGGACUGAUAGCAGAUAAGUCUCUGCUCAGUGAUCUUCCUGAAGAAACUAUUGUGCACUAAUUAUUCACUGAUAAUGAGUUUGUAUUUAUCUCUAAUCUUAUUUAUUAUAGAAUGGAUUGUUUAUAUACAUAUUUAAUUCAAAGGAAAAAAUCAUCUCCAGAUGUAUUAUUUCUUUCAUUGUUUUAUCCUGUAUCUGCCAUCGUAGUCUGACAGCUAUGAAAAAUCCCAGCUUUUUUUGCUUGUCACAACUCAGGAGAAAUGGAAAGGUUUGCAAACCUUCCAUGUGAACCUUGGCCGAGUUCAGAGCAGACUGUAAUUUGAUUUAUCUGUUGUUUACAUGGCUUUCAUUAGAGUUCCUUGAAUUUUUGAACUGAAUCGUUUCUCAGAGGGAGUUGGGGUUGGGGGAAGUGCUCACUCACUGUCUCUCCGUUCCACUUGUGUCUCAGUGAUAGGGGACAAGUCAUAAAAAUCGGGGUUUGGGAACUAUGUUCAAAUUUCUAGUUUAAUACUUCCUUUUAAAACCACAGAAGAAGGUUUUUAUCUGGCUUGGUAAUUUUUUUUUUCUUGUUGAUGAAACCAUCAGAACCUGUUUUGAACAGUCUGAAAGUUUAUUUAAAAUACCCGGAUUUUCCUUAGUGAAUUUUAUGUUUACUUUACUACUGCUUUACGCAUAGCCCCAGCUGAAACUCGAUGUGGAUUUGGUUUUGUCGGUUUUCUUCUGCAAAUUGUCUUGGUGCUCAGAGCUCAGUUGGGUGUUAACACCGAGGCUGCAGGCUUGGUCCCUGUAUGGGCCAUUCAUUUAAGAGCUGGAUGUAUGACCCGUGCAGGUUCCUUCCAACCCCGAAUAUUCUGUGAUUCUCUAACUUGGCUUGAAUGCCAGUGCGGCAGAAAUAAUACCUUUGCAAGGUUUCCCUGCAGAACCAGAAGACAAAGCAAGGUGAAGUGAGUAUGAUGUUUGUGUUUGACCCUUAAUAUAUUUUGUACUGUAUAUAUAUAUAUAUUUAUCAUCUGCCUCAAAAGAGAUUUAUUUGGUUUAACCAAUAUUUGUAUUGUGUGUGCACAGUAAUAAUUGUUAUUAGUCCUUCUGCUGUAUUUAUUUGAGUAGAGAUGGGAUGGGCUCAGAGCUUUGGUUAGACAUUUAUAAGUGCAAACACAGAAGUUUCUCUAACGUAUUGGCUGUUAGUUCUUGCCUCUUGAAACAUGCUGGGUUUUAAGAGUGUUAGCAGAGGGAAAAGAAAUGGAAAAUAGAUUUAGUAUUAAUGGUUUAAGUGUGUGUGGGGGAAAGCAUUUCUGUAAGUUUGGCCUGCCAGAAGAGACUUGUGUGUCAUUUCAGAGUUUGGUAGUGUGCUUCCCGUGUGAGGAACCUGACAGUCUUAAAUGGUGGGUUGGGCAAUAGGCAGGUAACAUUUGUCUAUGACAUUGUUGGGAUCUCUGUGAUUGAGAUGACCCCCAGAGUGUUAGAAAGUCUCUUUUUCCCAGCUUGGCUCUUGAAGAAGGAGUCGGAAUUCCUUGGCUCUGGUUUUCAAGAUUGUUUAUUUUCUCUUAUCUCUUACAUUCUUUUCCUGACCCACAGAGGUCUGCCUAGCAGGUCGGUUUGUGGCACACUGCCUGCCCUUGGGCUGGUAUCAACAUCUUAUACUAAUAACUACGUGUACUUUAUUUACAAUUAUUUUCCAAUACCUAUCACCUAUGUUAGUGUGUCUCUAAACCAAUCUAAAAGAGCCAGCAUCACACAGAAGAUGGAGGCUAGGAAGAAGAAAGAAGGACAGGGCACCCAAAUCCCUCCAUCUUGCCUCCUGAACCCCUAUUCUAAAAACCUUAAAAUUCUACCUUUUCACCCUGUGACAACAAAUUAUUAUUCUGCUUAAACUCUCCUGACUUGUAAUUCUUUAUACAAAGCUGGUAAUUUGCUCCGUGGGUCAAAAUUGAAUUCACAGGUGUCUUUGACUUCAUGCCAGGGUCUCUGAGCCACCUGCCAGGGGCUCAAACCAUCCAGGAUAGCCAGAGGGAUCCUGAGUUCCAACAUGACGUGAUACCUCCCUUGGCUACUCUGGGCAGCAUUCAUGCUGGUGUUUAGAAUUGGUCCUAGUGUUGUCCGAAACCAUCCCAAGCAACAUGAACUACCUUUCAUCUAUUCUGUUACACAGAGAAAAGCUAUCCAUAUAAUGGGCUUAUCUUGCUUACUCAACACCAAAACAUACCCAGACUUCCUCAUGCUUUGCAAAAUUGAGCUCAUCUAGGUUUGGACUUUGGUCUGUGGACUCUGUUUUCCGGCAUUACAAAAUUAAAAGGUGUGCUGGGCAGGAAGGGAGGAUCAAGGAAGUAGGGCAGUAGUUUGCAUCCAGUGCCCACAUGGAAGGUGUGGCAGUGCUUAGCCCAGUUCUGGGCAGCAGAGUGGAGCAGGUCUGGCAGGUGAGCAACAGCACUGCAGCUCACACUGAGGCACUUGGACAAGUCUGGCCCCUGAGCAGUCUGGCCCUGAGGUCAGCAAAUAACAGCCUGCAAGGUCAGGAUGUGUGAGCUUGAGGAGAAUAAAGAUGGGUAUGAGCACAGGAGGAAGGUGGGAGGUUCUUACUGUUGGUAUAGAUACACAUCUGGCGAAUAGAGUGGUUUUAGUCUUGCUUGUAUAUCCCUAAAGCAGGAAGAGUACACUUUUAAACAGGUUGGGAAGAAAACCUCCCCAGAAGAAUUGUUCUGACCCCUUGACAAUUUGUAGGUGCUGGGAGAGGAGAACCCAUAAAACAAGAAGCUGCUUGAGGCAAAGUACUUAAACUGUGUAUUCUUGAAUAAUUGUACACAUGGUUUGUUAUUAAAGGUUCAGGUUAGUUAUAUACUGUUUUAUGACUGUUGUUUCUGUUCCUGGUGUGCAGUCUCUGAAUGCCAAGCACACUGGUGGCAUUCCUCUGCUCACACUGAUUGCUGCCAUGUGCAAUUUAAGGAUAUCUUUGAGGUACAGUAGACCUGUGUGUAUCCCUGAUGGGAAGUAGUCAGUGCCUGUUAUGGAGUAUUUAUGAGUUUUUAUCCUCUUACUGUGUCUCACAGGUGACAAAAAAAGGAGUUAGUACUAGAUUUUGCAGACUGACAAUCUGUUGGCUUUUACCUGGGGACAACUGUCAUAAUAUAUUGAACUGCAUAGGGAAAUGGUGUCACAGUCUCUGGAAGGGUUCCAAAUGUGUGGAUGUGGCACUUGAGGAUAUAUCCUAGUAAUGAAGACAGCAGUGAUGGACAUGAUGGUCUUGGAGGUCUUGUCCAACCUUAAUAAUUCUCUGAUUCAGAGUAGAUAUGCUGACAGCAAAAAAUACUUGUAUUCUGUUAAACAGCCUCUUUAGAGGAAAGAAUAAAAGGGAAAUGGUUUCUUUGCUCCUAACAUAUGCUGGGCUUUGCUGUUGUUAGUACUGACUUAACUGAAUGUUGGACUUUAAAAGCACCUUAACUGUAAAGUUGAAAAACACUUUUGAGCAGGGAUUUUGGCUCAAAUAGGAGUAGGGCUUCUGCCAACAUGCUCAUCUAAUCUCAUCUGGCUAAGCCUUUGGAAAUAAUUUUUUUGUGUACCUGUCUCAGGUGUCAGAGUUCAUUGAUGCAUCAUUUAGUGCAGACCAAGAUUUAGGACUUGGAUAGAUAAAGAGAUAGAGAGCAUGGAUAUUUUGAUUUAGAAUUGGGUUGCCUAUGGAAGACUUACUGAGCAUGUAUGACUUGAGGUUUACUUGAAUAUGCACUAUUUAAUAAUACAUCCAUAUGCUGUUUUCGUAAGACUUUCAUCUUGACUUCAACACAUAUUUACCAAACCCUAAUAAGCAAAUUUUUUGGUCAGAGGACCACUGUUUGGGACAAAACUUCGGGCAACUUUUCAAUGCUUGUUAAAGCACAGCAUUGUCUAAUGUGGGGAACAGAACUGACUCAACAAUUAUUUGAAGUAUAGAUUAGGUCUAAAUGAAGUUCUUUUGGCAGUGAAAAAUAAGAUAUUUUUUUCCUACUUCUUUGACUAAUUCUUAUUCCAGCUUUGGUUUUUUUUAGCUCAACAGGUGGGUAGAGGAGCCAGAACAUAUGGUGAGAAGCAAAUAAAUUUUAUGCUAAGGACAUGUAUGUAGGACUAACUGUGGUAAGAGUAUGGUGAUUUACUUAAUGAUACCUUUAAUGGUAAUCCUGUUAGCUCUUUGGUUUAGGCUCUUAAAUCAGUCUCUUUUGCAUUAAAAAGAAUCAGUCCCACUAAUUCAAUACAUCUGUUCUUGUUGAAGUGUGCUUAUUUCUAUAUGCAUAUUUAUUUCUCUAAAAGGCUUACCAAGUAAACUGUUAAUUGUAGGGACUGCAAUAGGAAUGUCAACUUUAGAGCUGUAUGCUGAAUCAGCUUAUAUUUUAUAUCCAUGAAUAUUUAUGCAUUGUGUGUUGUCCAGUACUUCUCUUAUCCUCUGUUAGACCUCUCAUACCAUCUAAUUGUGUAUUCUUAAUUUUGAAAGAAAUGUUGAUCGUCACAUCCUAUAUAAAAAUAAUUUAGAUGGUUCUUUGAUUUUUCUCAAUGUCAAAUGUAUUUUCCAGAUGGAUUUUUUUUAAUAUUUAUACUGUGGAAGGGUGCAGCAGGGACCAAGUUAAGAGGAGUUACUAAUUCUCAGUAUUUUGUGCAGUUUGUCUUCUUAUGGCAGUUUGUGCUUUACCCACCUUUCUGAUUGAAACCAGGAUACCUCAUCUGAACUGCAGAUAAUUUUGGGGUUUACAUCUGUUUCUUCUGCUUUAUAUCAUUGGGAGUUUUAAUCCUGAAAAUAAAAAGUACAACUUCA